CGGGCUAGUACAGUGGUAACGUGUCGGCCUCUCAUCCGAGGGGUCGGCGGUUCGCGCCCCGCCCAGGCGCGAGAAGUUGCAAUUGUCGCCUGGAAGUUACUGCUGUGGCUGGGCACCACGGUAUUCAGUGCAUUAAUUGCAUGAAGAUACAAUGAGCGACCCCCCUCCUCCACUCAGCGACAAUGGUGCCUUUGAUAACCCAAGCUUUGACCACGACCAAGAGGACGUUAUAGCUAUGAGGCAACUGCCAACAGUGCUACCCGCGACACAGACACAGGAUCUGCCCACUAGUUCUGCUUCUCACACCGGCGACGUCGAACUCGCUCCUCAUGCACCGGAAAUGAUGAAAGAGAGGACUAUGGGACACGUAGACGAGGAUAAAGGUGGCAAUGGGGAUAAUAGCGAUGAAGAGGAAGAGGACGAGGAUUAUAGCUUAUUCACGAUGAUUCCGAAUUACGUCGAGUUUAAGGAAUCUAUUUAUCGUUCUCUGCCGAUCAAGGAGCUGCAUCAAUACAGACACAUCUUCUUCUCGAUUCUCUUCGGCGGCGGUUUCGUGAUGUACUUCGCCGCGGUUCUCAUCAUUAAAACAAAAAUUGAGGAAGAAUGGAGUUACUGGUGCGAGGCUGAUGGACUGCUCAUUGUGCUUACAUCGCUCGUGGCCUUGGCAAUUUUCUACUUCCAGGUGAUAAAACGUCUUAUGGGGAAAAACCUUCCUUUUUCCCGGGCGUUUGAGGUGUACGUGGUUGCAAAUGUGUCCAGAGUUGCCUCAAAGGUCCCAGGCGUCUUAGUGGGCCUGGUGCUGCUGGCCGGCGCCCUGGCCUUCGUGGUCCUCGACUCCUGGAACGACUUCGUGCGGCUUCAGUCCCUGCUGGGCAUCGCCACGCUCAUAGCCUUUGGGUUCCUCUUCUCCGCUGCGCCAAGGAAGGUCCGGUGGCGCCACGUGGGCUGGGGGAUGGGCCUGCAGUUUGUGCUUGGGCUGGUGAUCCUGCGCUGGCCGCUGGGUCAGUCCGUGUUCCAGUGCGCCGCCGAUAAAGUCACCACGUUCCUGGCCUUCACGGACGAGGGCUCCGAGUUCGUCUUCGGACAACUCGUGUCGGAGAUGGAGAUCUUCGCUUUCAAGGUGUUGUCUGUGAUCCUGUUCUUCAGCUUCUGCAUCCAGAUCCUGUACUACUGGGGCGUCAUGCAGUGGGUCGUCAUCAAGUUAGGCUGGGUCCUGCAGGUCACCGUCGGCACCACCGCCUGCGAGAGUGUCAACGCCGCUGCCAACAUCUUCCUCGGGCAGACCGAAGCCCCCCUGCUGAUCAAGCCAUACCUUCCGUUCAUGACCAAGUCAGAGCUGCACGCUGUCAUGACGGGCGGCUUCGCUACCAUAGCCGGCUCCGUCCUGGCUGCCUACAUCUCUUUCGGCGUCGACCCCGCCCACCUCAUCUCCGCCUCCGUCAUGAACGCCCCCGCCGCCCUCGCCUUCUCCAAGCUCUUCUACCCCGAGACGAAGAAGUCUAAGACGAGCGUCUCCGACAUCAAGAUGCAGAAGGGAGAGGAGUCGAGCUGGCUGCACGCCGCCAUGGUGGGCGUGACCAACGCCAUCCCGCUCGUGGCCAACAUCGCUGCCAACCUCAUCGCCUUCUACGCCUUCAUCGCCCUCUGCAGCCACGUCUUCGACUGGACUUGCAGGCUGGCCGGCGCCGAGGAGGACGUUUGCACGCUGGAAAACGUGUUCGGCGUGCUCUUCACCCCGCUGGCCUUCGUGAUGGGCGUCAACUGGUCCGAGUGCGACGAGAUAGGUAAGCUCAUCGGCCUCAAGAUCAUCGUCAACGAAUUCAUGGCUUACUCACAGCUCUCAGAACUCAUCAAAGCAGGAGCUAUUUCGAAACGCGCCGAGACCAUCGCCACGUACGCCCUGUGUGGCUUCAGCAACAUCAGUUCCAUCGGCAUCAACUUGGGCGGCUUCAGCGCCAUGGCCCCCGACAGGAAGGCCGACCUGGCCAGCGUCGUGGUGAGGGCCAUGAUCGCGGGGAGCUGUGCCACCUUCCUCACUGCCUGUGUGGCUGGAACUCUUCUGCCCAGCGCCGGAGAAUCUCUUCCCCUCAACAUGACGUCAACGACAGAGCUGUUUGAAAGUACUACAUCUUCAUACUUGUACUAACAUGUCUGCAUGCCUUUUAUCUGUCUGUUUCUGUCUGUUUGUCUGUCUGUCUGUUUGUCUAUGCCUCUGUUUAUUCAAUUUUCUAAGUGAGGUUUGCAUGCGAGAAGAAUGAUAUUCUACUGCAGUAGUGACAUUUAUUUCUCACCUUUCUUCUUGUUUUCAUUUUAGGUAAUGUUAUUGUAAUAUCAGUUUUAAAAAAGUAUUAUUCAAGUAUUAUGUACUGUAUACCUAUGUAAAUACACAUAUAUGUGUGUGUGAGUGUGUGAGGGUGUGUGUGUGUGUGUGUGUGUACGUGCGUGCGUGCGUGUGAUCGUUCCUGCCUGCUUGGUUGUGUAAUUAUUGUGUAAAUCGAAAUAACUCAAAAUUCACCCCCCCAAAAAAAAUAAUAAUAAUAAAAUUGAACACGUAAAUUGUACAUGUUAAUACAAUAUCAUAUUCGUAAAAUGUGAUUCUCAAAAGUGUUCUCAAUUCACCAUCUUUCCCGAACCCCUAAGUAAGUCUGCAACACGUUUGAAUCAUGUUUUCGCCGGGGGAAGGGUCCUUGCUUCUUCGAAUUCCCACUUAAGCAACUCAGACAUCCGCGACCCUCCGAGGCACAAGAAUCUUUACAAAACGUUACACCAAAUGUAUCGUUGAAGGAGAGAACGUUGCGGAAAAAAAAUCUAUUAUGAGCGUGAAAAUGAACAAACAUUUAUAAGCUGAACAAAUAAUAAAAAUGUGAUGAUGAA